GUUGGUCAACUCACUCCAAUCUAUUCUUCCAAUCCCUCUCGUCUGUCACCAUAUAAUCCUUCAGAUGAACACAGACGAGACUGUCAACAAUAUCAAUUUCAAUGCCCAGGAUCUGGGAAAAAGUCGAGUGCGUACACAAAACGAUUAUCUCGACAGUUUCGUCAUGAAAACAUGAUAUUAAAUCGUUCAUACACG